CAGACUCCUGUGACUGAGGGAUCGGUCUUGAGCUCAACACCAUGGGGAGGAUCACGGUUCUGUUUUCAGCUUCAGUGCUCUUCUGUGCCUUUGUGCCAGCUUUCAGUGAUGAACACUCACUGUUUUACACCUACACGGCUCUGUCUAAACCUCUCCAGCUGCCUGGAAUCUAUGAGUUCACCGCACUGGGCAUGCUCGAUGACCGAGAACUCGACUACUACAACAGUAAGACUCAGGUUAAGGUUCCUAAACAGGACUGGAUGAAGGAGAAGAUGGAAAAGGAUUACUGGGAUAAAGGAACUCAGUCCCGUAAGAGCAAAGAGCAGUGGUUUAAGGUCAACGUGGACAUCCUGAUGGAGCGAAUGAGACACAAUAAGUCUGACCUUCAUGUUCUUCAGUGGAGACAUGGCUGUGUGAUUGAAGGUGAAAAUGGAAAUAGUAAAUUUGUGAAAGGAAUUGAUGAGUACAGCUACGACGGCUCUGAGUUCCUCUCCUUUGAUGAUAAAAACUCGAGGUGGAUCGCUCCAGUUCAGGCUGCUGAGCCGACCAAAAGGAAAUGGGAUGAAGUGUCCAUCCUUAACACAUACACCAAGAGCUACCUGGAGAAAGAGUGUGUGGACUGGCUCACCAAGUUCAUGGACUAUGGACGAGAAGAAAUGAGAAAACAUUCUGAACCAGAUGUUCAUAUAUUUGCAAAGAAAUGUGUAAAAGACACUAAAAAGUUGACCCUGACCUGCCUGGCCACGGGGUUCUACCCUAAAGAUAUCCAGAUGUUUUUUAGGAAGGGCAGAACUAAUCUACCUGAUCACCUGGUAAAUAAAACAGAUGUGAGACCCAAUGGUGAUGGAACAUAUCAGCAGAGGAAGACUGUGGAUAUCUUGGUGGAGGAAAAAGAUUCUUAUGAUUGCUAUGUAAACCACAUCACCCUCAAACAACCAAUAAUCACUUCAAGAUCUGAUGAAAUCCCAUGCCUAGAUUGUACUGUACCAAAGAUUCAGGGUGUUAUCAUUGGGGGAGCGAUUGGAGCUGUGGUCACGCUGCUCGUGGUUGCAGUCGUUGUCUUCGUCCUUAAAAAGAUGGGAAUAAUCUCUUGUAAACGUAACAGCAGUUCCCCAGCAAACAACCCUGCCGAUGUGCCGCUUAUGGCGCCUGCUACAGCGCCUGCUACAGCGUCUGUUCCAGUGUCUGAUGACAUAUAUGUCAGUGUGAAAGAUGCUGACAAAAAGGAAUCUGACAACUCAAGUGACAGUGGAUGCAGCAGUGAUCGCUCAAGAGAGGGCAGCCAGGGGAAAAUUAAUGAAGAAAGCCCAAUGAUGCAAGGACCAAAUAAUCCUGAUGGAGAUGGACAGAAGGUGUAAACUUUACAUAAAUCCUGUGGAUAACGAGUUUGAUCUUGCUCAAGUGUGAUCAUAAUUGGAUUAUUUUCUUGACUUGGAAGUCGUUUAUUCAACCUUCCAUCUAACUGUCAAACCUUCAAACGUAAACAUCUACUAAUCUAUUACAAACUUGUAGAUCUUUGUCCCCUCAGCUCUGAUCAUUACUGAAGGUAUCAGUCAUUUUCCAGGCUCUUUACAAAAAAGCACUUUUUUCCAGCUUAAAUAACCACAGCCUGUAAUAAUAAGCACUUUUAAUGAAUUAAGCAAAACUGUUUUUAUGUAAAUAAGCUAAAAGCUGAUCUCUUUUUGAAUAUCCCAAUAACACUGGAUUUAUCAGCCUCAGGAGAAGAAAAAGAGGUCCCUCCUGAGUGCUGUAAGAAAAGUUACAAAUGUCAGAAUAAAUUGUAAUAAAACAUUCAGGUAGAGAAGAACAUGACACAUUUACGGCAUUUGACAGAUGCUGUCUUCCAGAACAGCAUAUGUUUUAUCUUAUUUUAUACAACCGAGUGUUAAGGGCCUUGCUCAGGGGCCCAGCGGGGUCUUAGUGGACCUGGGAUUUGAACUCAGGACCAUCUGAUUGGUCGCCCAACACCUUAAUCUCUGAGCUGCCACAUCCCCUGUAGUCAUUAAAUUAAUACAUUCAUUAAGCAUUAAUUGCAAGUUUGAGCCAUUGCUUAUGCUGUGAAAGCUUUAGAAAGGAGACGGAAGAAAAAGCAAGUCUGUGGGAUUGGAGUAAGUUCUAAUCAAACACAUUUUCACACACUCCUUGCCUGCUCGCUGUCUUCAUCCUCAUGGCUGAAGGUGAAAACGUAAUGAAUAGAAAAGACUUUGCUUUUUCUGUCCAAAUAAUCAGAGCUUCUAUUUCUGUAGUAAUGAAAUCAAAAUCUAUCUGAUUGCUCUAUUUUAAUCUAAUCUUGACUUUAUACUAGCAACUUGUGUGAGGUUGGUCCUUGGUAGGUGACUGCUGAGGUCUGAUGUUUACACUUCACUUUAUACUUUACUUCACUGUGUAAAUUCAUAAUUUCACUGAUUUAUAAUAAAAGUGAAAUGUUUUAUUUGUACUUGCUUUAGAUAAGUUUUAAGUUUGUUUUGGGACAGAAUACUUUAAGUAUCUAUAUAAUGAUAUUUUGGGUUUCUGAUGUGUAAAAUGUAGCUUUGGUGAAAUUAUUAUUAUUAAAAACUAUUUUUCUGAAAUA